GGGCGGGCCGGGUGGGGUUGUCCUGCCCACCCACCGCAGCCCGUGCGGCAGCCCGCGCGCGCGCCACUCCCGGGACGCUCCCUGCGCUGCGAGGGGCGCACCAUGGCGCGUCGGGCCGCCCUAACGCUGCUCCUGUUCGGCCUGCUCGGAAGCCUGGUGUCCACCCAGGAUGAUUUCGAUUUAUCGCUCGCCCUUGAUGAUGACAAGAAACCCACUCCUCCUCCACAAAAACCAGCGCCCGGGAAUGAUGACUUCGAUUUGACCGAUGCCAUUGGUGGUGGAGGAGACGAUGACCGAGUGUCACCCAAGCCGCCGAAGCCAAAACCUCAGCCAAACCCCAAGCAGCCUGGCACUUCUGGGAAUGAUAACUGGGAUUUAAACGACGCCCUUGAUGGUGGAGGAAAGGGUGGCGGAGCGUCACCCGACUCACCGAACUCAAAACCUCAGCCAGACCCCAAGCAGCCUGACUCUAACGAGGAAUCGCCAGGCGUGAUCCCGGGGAUCGUGGGUGCCGUCGUGGUGGCCUUGGGAGGAGCCAUCUCCAGCUUCAUCGCCUACCAGAAGAAGAAGCUGUGUUUCAAAGAGAACGCCGAAGAAGGCGAGGUGAAUAUGGAGAGCCAUCGCGCCAAGGCUGAGCCAGCAGUUCAACAGACUCUUCUGGAGAAAUAAAGACGUUUGGCAGCCAAGUAACCGCAGCGGAUCGCGAGCUUGCCUGCCGAGCCGCUCCAGAGAUGGGCUGGAGGAGCAGAGAUGACCCCCUGGGACCUCGCCCCGGCUUGUCCGUGCCUUCGCUCCAGCUGGAUUCCUCGUUUCACCGCUGGGAUGCUUUAUUCCCCAGUCCCCUCUCCACCACGUCCCCAUCCGCCGGUCUGGGCGGAUGAAACUUGACUUGUGGUGAGUUUUCCAUCCACCGGGGGGAAAAUCACACUCGCCUUCUCCACGACCCCGAGGGGGCUUUCCCGUGAGUACAGGGAACGUCCGACCGACCGAUCGCCAAGGCCCAUCCAAGUUGCCAAGUUCCCAACCAUCAUCGUUCAAACGCCACCAAGCUUCCCCGAACGGAAACUCUGGACCGUUUACAAACUGCCUGUAAAUGGAAUGCAUCUGAAACCAUUGACUCUUUAACGAAGUGGGCGUUAAGCCUCAAGCAAGUUUCCUCAAAAAUUCUUUCAUUUCUCGUGAAAAUUUUUUUUUCCCCACACCAGACUAAUAAAAAAGAAAUUUAGAAAUCAAGUCCUAUUUACCUAAAUGUCUUGCCGGGAGGUGCCUUUUAGAGGAGGCUGUUGGAAAUUUAGUGAAGCUAGUGACGCGGCUUUUCUGUAAGACAGACGUCGCCCUAAGCACUAGCUCGCAUUUCUGGCACUUGCUUUCGUCUCUUCCUUCCCUUCUUUGCUCACAGUGGUGGUGGUGCUUUACUUGCUAAGUCCUGUCUGACUCUUUGCGGCCCCGUGGACUGUAGCCCGCCAGGCUCCUCUGUCCGUGGGAUUUCGCAGGGAAGAGUCCCAGAGUGGGUUGCCGUUUCCUCCUCCAGUUGAUGACGUUGUGGGGAAAAUAUUUGUUAGCAGCCCUUCUGCCCUGCAUCAGAUUCUUUCCUGUCUCUUCCUUGUAGGUAAAUGCCAGGAAUUUGUUUUUUUAUGAUCUUUAUAACACAUUUAUCAGCCUCCACGGGAGAGCUUGGUUUAACUGCGGGGCGGCGGGGUGGCGGGGGGGGGUGGGGGGCACACUGUUUAGUGAGAGACAGUCACCUAUAUUUUCUAACAUCUUAAGUGUGGGCUGAGUGCUUGCUCUUCUCUGGGCUAUUAGCAAUGACUUCUCUGCCUUUGAAAGCAGUUCCUCCACUCACAGCAACGCACACGCCACACGGCUUCCAACAUGCAGGCUUUCCUGUGUUGAGCUGGCCAAAACGUUCGUUUGGCUUUCAGUAAAAAUAAAAGACACAUUGUUCGUUUUCGUCCACAGCUCUAGCGAGCAACGUGUUCGUUGAACGAACCUUUUGGCCAACCCCAUACAAAGGCUUCGCUUGGGGUUUUGUGUUGAUCUCGGAAAGCGUGCAAGCCUUGAUUUUGCAGACGGGCUGGACCCCACCCAUAGACUUCCCUCUCCAGAAAUAGGAGGUUGUUUCCCUGAUUUUCUCAAAGCGCAGACCUGCUCGCGUAAAGCGCUUAGGGUAGUUAUCCAGGGUAGCAGCAUUUACCUGAGUGAAGACGUAAUCUCAUUACUGAUAAUCGUGUGAAGAACUGUUGAGAGCCUCAUGUCAGUCACCGUGGAUUCAAAGGUAUGAUGUCAGCACCCCUGUGUGGGCAGCCCUCACAAACCACCCGACCUGGGGAGCAGCUGCCGUCAAGGUAUGGCCUGGUCACUCUGUCGUGUCUGACUCUCUGCCACCCCACGGACUGCAGCCCCACCAGGCUCCUCAGUCCAUGGUAUUCUCCAGGCAAGAAUCCUGGAGUGGGUUUUGCCGUUUCCUUCUCCGUCCAAAAGUUCCUUUGGGUUUUUCUGAAACAUCUCACGAAAAGCUCAGAACUGACUUUUUGGCCAACCCCAUCUCGGUCAUGAAUUCUGGGUCUUUCCUGCUUGGAAGCUCAGAGAGACUUUUAUGAGUUGUUUUGUGGGGUGGUUUGCAACUGAGCCAUCUCCUUAUUGAAGGCUCAACACCACUCUCUCCACGAGCCCUCCUCCCGUCGUUGAAAAGCAUUGGGAGUUUCCUUCUCAAGGUGUUACCGCAGAUCGCCACCUGUCUAUUGAACUUGCUUUGUCUUGGACGCUAUGAUAAUUUUUGCAUAUAUGAAAAGAUUUUUUAAAAUGAAGAUUUGAGUAUUUCUCAUAUCCAUUCAUCGCUUCAUACGACAAAUACCUGUGGCCUCAGGUGUGUACAGGGGUGCUCGUGACAUCUGGGUUCUACAGGACAGAACAGAAAUGUCUUCACUCAGUGGAAGGGGUCGACCAGUUGUCAAGAGCUGAGGGCUGGCUGAGUCAGUGUGCUCAGGUCCUCUUGCUAACGCGUUCAGGUCACCCGGUUAACAGAGGGAGCAGAGAGUGUCAACAUUCACCCUCGAUGAGUCAUCAGAGCCCGUGCUCUGACUUGCUUUAUAAAAAGAAAAAAUGUGCAAAGUCUCUUUGUAACUCUGUGAAUAAUGUCGACACUUUUAUAAGCAUCGCAAUCAUAGUAUAAGCAUAAACGUCUCAUUAAACAACAGACUAGUGAAGGGGUUAAGUAUACCAAAUUGUGACUCAUUCCUAAAUCUAUACACGUAAGAAAGAAGUCAACUAGGCUUUUAUUAUGGACAAGGUGUAUGUACAUGGUUGUAAACUUAGCUCAAUUUCUUGUUCACAUUAAAGUAAAUAGGACUUUAGCAAAGGUGGGGCCUUUGGAAAAAUUGAGUUUAAAUUGGGUGGUUUGAUGAUUUAAAUGCUUGGCAUAAUGAUUGCUUUAAAGAAUCAUUUUGGAACUCCUGUAUAAAGAAAUCACAGUCCAACAAGUUUUGAAAUCAAUAUCAACAUUUUUAUUUAAGUGAGAACACACCAGCAAAGGAUUUGUUACAAGUCUUGGUCAUAAUGGAUUUGAUCAACCCAUGUAAACUGUGGUCAAUUUUCUGCUGUGAGAUACUGUAGUGAAUAGCUUUGGAAGCACAGGUUUGUGGCUCCGUGGAAGUACAGGGUAUGUGUUGCAUUAAUGCCUGAAGUUGGCUUUGUGAGGGGGAAUAAAAAAAGCAUGUGUAUAUUUAAUUUUUAUGGACAUUGCCCAAACAGCCGCUCUAGAGGGUCUGCAAAUUCACGAUACACCCUAGUGAGGUCAGAUUUGUUUCCUCCCUGCCAAGCAAGCUCUCCAAUGGGUGCCCGUCUCUGAGUUGAAGAAUGAUAUCACAUCAACUGUGUUUAUGUUGUAUUUGCCUUAACACAAAUCUGAGGUUCAGAAUCUGUGUGUGGGAGACCCACUGAGAGUCUGUUUUUGAAGGAAAUGAAUAUGCUGUUUGCCUGUGUGUGUUAUUGGUCCUUUUAUUAUUGAUUUGUAGGAACUCUUCACGUAUUAAAGAUAUGAGUUGCCAUAAGUA